GCUAUUACAAUUCCGUGUGAUUGCAGCAUCUGCAUCUUUCUGUCUAUGCAACUUAAAUUCAUAACGCAUGGUGAUACUCACACAACACAAUCGACACAUUUUCCAUUGCUAGAGCUCAGUGUGGCCACCAAAGAGAUGAGAGCAGGUGAUGGGAACACGGGACAGAACAAGACAGGCAAGAAUUAUGACUACGAUGACAAAUGCAAUUCUGUAAAUUCGUUUUUGUUUUCUCAGUUUUGCUAUUUCGUCCUCUUUCUCCAGUAA